UCUUCUCUCAAAUCAACAAUCACCACCGUCGUCGUCUCUUCUCUUCACCAUCGUCUCUUCUCUUCACCACUGUCUCUCUCGUCUCUUGUCUCAUAUCAACACUUAAUCGAUGUUAGGUAUUGGUAAACCAAGAGGACGACCUAAAGGAUCUGGAGGUAAAGGGAAUGGAAAGACUGUUCCAACCAUUUCUACUAGUUUGGAGCAAAGGAACACGACUAAGCACACAACUCCAGUUGUCAACACAUCAUCUUGGUCAUCUGCUACUAAUUCUCCAAUUGUCAACACAUCAUCUCCAUCAUCUGCUACUAAUUCUAGUGCUCCUCUCAAUACUGAUCAUAUUCCAUCCAUUCCUUCUAAUUCGCAGCAAAGGAACACAGUUAAGCACACAACUCCAAUUGUCAACACAUCAUCAUCAUCUGCUACUAAUUCUGGUGCUCCUCUCAAUACAGAUCAUGUUCCAUCUCCUACACCAACACAUAUCGAGUCUGAGACCGCACCAAUAGAAGAGGAUAAUGAUCACAAUAGCCAACCUGAAAAUUUUAUACCAUUUGGAGACCCUACCUUGCCUGGUCCUCAUAACCCACAUCUACCGUGGGGCAAAGACCAUUCACAUAACAAAGUUUGGAUUUAUACUCUGAAAGGAUACUUUUAUCCGGAUGAUAAUGCAACUAAAGAUAUAUCGAAGACAAUUAAAUCUAUUUUUGACCGCCCUUACAACAAUUGGAAAUGUUGUGAUGAUAAAAUAAAGAAAGUGUGGUUUAAUGAAUGGGCGAAAAGCUACAAAUGGAUUGGUGAACAAGAGGCGUCUGUUAAGGCCACAUGGGAAUCAAAAGCUAAGGAUCUACUACGAAAGAUUAUGUCAAGAGCACGUGAGAAAGUGCCCGAAAAACCUGCCUGGAUUAAUAAAAAGGUGUGGGCACAAUUGCGUGCAAUGUGGGAAGAUGAAGAUUAUGUAACAUUACGACAUGUGGCAUCCUCUAAUCGUCAAUCUGAUACCGGUGGUUCAUUGCACACUCAGGGAUCAAAGAAUCAGUUAAAACAUGAACUUGAAUUAAAUAAGAGCUUAGGAAGAAUUCCACACAAGGGUGAAGUAUUCAAAAAGUGUCACACUAGGAAGGGGACACAAACCUUUGUUGAUAAGAGAUCAAGUGAUGCAUAUGAUAACUUUGUAAAUCUAUAUUCACAAGCUGAGUCUCAACCUCAACCUUCUGAGUCUGGUAAUAAUGAGAGUGGUACUCAAUCGAAGCCAAUUGAUUAUGAUACACUAAUGAUUGAAGCUGUUGGAGGAAGAAAUGCAAAGGGCAUAAUAUAUGGACUUAGUUUGGAUGGACAUAACCUCACCCGUGGCUCAACAUCUACAUCAAAUAGAUAUUCAAAUUAUGCUGAUAUUGCUCGUGGUAUGAGUGGAGAGGUUGAGGCGCGAUUAAGGCAGAAAAUUGCAGACCAACAAACAAUCAAUUGCAUCCUUGCACGUCAAAAUAAAAUGUUGGCCGCAUUUGCUAAUUAUGCAAAUAUAGAUUUAGACAUGAUGGAUUUAGAUGAAGAUGAUCCUUCCGCUGGUAAUGGAUCUCGUGGAAACAAUGCAAAUGAUGGUACAAAUGCCGAUGAAUAA